AUGUCGAAUUUCUACAAUAAAGUGAGCUUAGCUUACACCAAACCCAUGAACAAACGCAUGACCUUGCAAGAGAUAUCCCAAGCGAACCAGUGGAUUAAUGGUGAGAUUAAUGAUACGCUGAGCGUCAACUCGUAUGGAAUGCCUCAGUCUGGUUCCACUGUGUCCCAGAGAGAGAAUUCCAGCUUCUUGCCUGUCACUCAGCCGGCCAGUGCUCCAACAUCGCCAGUCGGUUCUCCAGUCUCUCAGCUGUUAUCUGAUCUCUCCAACAUCACUCUAGAUCCCAACUGGCAGGCCAUCAAGUCUACUGUACGUGAACGUAAUGCUGCCAUGUUCAAUAACGACCUCAUGGCUGAUAUAUACUUUGUCGUGGGCAAUCCAGGACACACCCAACGUAUACCAUCACAUAAGUACAUUUUAGCAACUGGAAGUUCUGUUUUCUAUGCCAUGUUCUAUGGUGGAUUAGCGGACACUAAAGAAGAAAUUGAGGUGCCUGACGUUGAGCCAACAGCUUUUCUCACUUUACUAAGGUAUUUAUAUUGUGAUGAAAUCCAAUUGGAGCCAGACACAGUGCUAGCUACAUUGUAUGUGGCCAAAAAAUAUAUCGUACCACAUUUAGCCAGGGCUUGCGUUAAUUACUUGGAGACGAGCCUAACUGCAAAAAACGCGUGCCUGCUCCUCAGCCAAUCUCGGUUAUUCGAGGAGCCAGAAUUGAUGCAGAGAUGUUGGGAAGUGAUUGAUGCACAAGCAGAAAUUGCAUUACAUUCAGAUGGAUUUGUUGACAUAGAUGCUGAUACGUUGCAGAGUGUAUUAGGCCGUGAAACCAUCAAUUGCAAAGAAACCAUACUAUGGGAAGCAGCCAUGAAUUGGGCCUCGGCUGAAUGUAGCAGACGUGAAAUAGAACCAACUCCAUCUAAUAAACGACAAGUAUUAGAUUCUGCUCUGUAUUUACUCCGGUUGCCAGCAAUGUCCCUAGAAGAAUUCGCUAACGGACCUGCUCAAAUGGGCAUGUUAACAUUAGAAGAAACUGUCGAUUUAUUUCUCCACUACACUGCAUCCAACAAACCUCGCUUGACUUAUCCAACUAAGCCACGUAUAGGACUAAAACCUCAGACGUGCCAUCGAUUUCAGUCCUGUGCUUAUCGUAGCAAUCAGUGGCGGUAUCGAGGUCGUUGCGAUAGCAUUCAGUUUAGUGUUGAUCGUCGUGUGUUCAUAGUAGGUUUCGGUUUGUAUGGUUCGUCAACUGGGGCAUCCGAUUAUACUGUUAAAAUUGAACUCAAACGUCUAGGCCGUAUUUUAGCUGAAAACAACACAAAAUUCUUUUCAGAUGGUUCAAGUAACACUUUUCAUGUUUAUUUUGCACAUCCUGUACAAGUAGACCCCGAAUUGUUUUAUACUGCUUCAGCUAUAUUAGAUGGUGCAGAAUUAAGUUAUUUUGGCCAAGAAGGACUUAGUGAAAUAAAUGCUGGUUGUGUGACGUUUCAAUUCCAAUGUUCUUCGGAAAGUACUAAUGGUACUGGAGUUCAAGGGGGGCAAAUUCCAGAACUUAUAUUUUAUGGUCCAGUUAGUGAAAACCAUUAA